UGGUCCCUGGGUGUAACGCUUCUGUCCCCAUAACCCCCCCUCCGUGCCAGGGCUUCUGCGAGGCUGUGAGAGACCUUUGCUGGAUGCACUUGGCCGCUGGGCACCUGCCUCUGCCAUGCGACUCGCUGCCUGCGGAGGACGGAGGGUAUUCUUGUGUCUUUAUUAACGUUUCUGCAGAGAAUUUGAGCACAGAAGUCAGCCUGCUGGAGCUGAUCGGAGACCCCCCGCCAGAGGAGAUCCAAAAAAUUUACGGCCCCGACAACAACCCAGGCUAUGUCUUUGGACCCAAUGCCAACACAGGCCAGGUGGCCCGGUACCACCUGCCAAGCCCCUUUUACCGGGACUUUUCUCUCCUGUUCCACAUCCAGCCCACCACCCCCCGGGCCGGCGUGCUCUUUGCCAUCACAGACUCAUUGCAGAGUAUCAUCUAUGUGGGCGUCAAGCUCUCGGAGCUGCGGGCGGGUAAGCAGCAGAUCAUCUUCUACUACACAGAGCCAGGCUCCAAGAGCUCCUACGCGGCGGCCACCUUCGCCGUGCCCACCCCGCUGAACCAUGCCAUCAGCGUGGAGGAGGACGAGGUCGUCCUCUACCUGGACUGUGAGGAGCACGAGCGGGUCCGCUUCGAGCGCUCCCCGGAUGAGAUGGAGCUGGAAGAUGGUUCUGGGCUCUUCGUGGCUCAGGCUGGAGGAGCUGACCCAGAUAAAUACCAGGGGGUGAUUGCCGACUUGAAGCUCAAAGGAGAUCCCCGGGCAGCCGAGCACCAGUGUGAGGAAGAGGAGGAUGAUGCUGAAGAGGUCUCGGGAGAUUUUGGCAGCGGAGCCGAGGAUGGACGCCAUACCUUGGGAAGAGACAGGGGUGUCCCAGGGCUGGUGGAUGCUGUCCCUGUCACCUCUCCGCCCGUGGCUGCGGGCAGCGUGCCGGGCAUCGCUGCGGGAUCCCUGCCGCAAGCGGAGCGCCCCAGGACAGAGGAGAUGCUGCGGGCAGCUGCAGGAGGCACUGGUGCCAAAGGCGAGAAGGGGGAGAAGGGGGAACGUGGCCCGAAAGGGGACUCGGGAAGUGGCGGCGUCUCGGGGACGGGCGGCGCCAAAGGUGCAAAGGGAGAAAAAGGUGAUGCAGGCAUCAAGCCCGGCGAGCCCGGCCCCCCCGGGACUGCUGCGCUUCCCCCCGGCGGCUCCGGCGCGGAGCGGCUCAACGGACCACCAGGACCCUCCGGUCCUCCGGGACCGCCCGGCAAAGACGGAGCGCCCGGCAGAGAUGGAGAGCCUGGCGAUCCUGGCGAGGAUGGCAAACCCGUAAGUCCCCAGGGCUUCCCCGGGACACCGGGAGAGCCGGGGAUGAAGGGUGAGAAGGGUGAUCCUGGAGUUGGCCCCAGGGGCCCACCUGGACCACCGGGCCCCCCUGGACCGCCUGGACCUUCCUUCAGACAUGACAAGCUGACCUUCAUCGACAUGGAGGGCUCCGGCUUUGGUGGCGAUCCAGACACCCUGCGGGGUCCCCGUGGGCCACCUGGGCCCCCAGGGCCUCCCGGCGUGCCCGGCUUGCCAGGGGAGCCGGGACGAUUCGGCAUGAACCGCACGGACCUGCCGGGACCACCAGGGCUGCCGGGCCGAGACGGGAGCCCUGGGCCACCAGGGCCAGCGGGUCCUCCAGGUCCUCCUGGGACAGACGGGAUGGUUGGGCAGCCGGGGCCCAAAGGAGAGCGGGGUGAUGUGGGAGACCUGGGCCUCCCUGGAGCACCUGGACCCAAGGGCAGCAAAGGAGAAACAGGGCCAGCAGGAGCACCAGGAGAAAUGGGGCUAGCUGGUCUUCCUGGACCCAUCGGACCUCGAGGGCAGCCAGGUCCCCCAGGCCCUCCUGGACCACCAGGGCCUGGGUACGAAGCUGGAUUUGGUGACAUGGAGGGCUCAGGGCUGCCAUUUGCAGCUGGUACCCCUGGACCACGCGGGCCUGAAGGACCACAGGGGCUGCCAGGAUUGCCGGGAACCAAGGGAGAUGCUGGCAGCCCUGGGCAGCCUGGCUUGCCAGGACUGAAGGGAGACCCUGGCCUGCCUGGUGUGGAUGGCCGCCCCGGCCUGGAGGGCUUCCCCGGUCCACAGGGACCCAAAGGUGACAGAGGCAGCCCCGGUGAGAAGGGCGAGCGAGGCCAAGAUGGUGUUGGGUUGCCUGGCCCUCCCGGCUUACCUGGCCCACCAGGACAGGUCGUCUACAUCUCAAACGAAGACAAGUCUUUGGCAGCUUUGCCAGGCCCGGAGGGCAGACCGGGCCAUGCCGGCUUCCCGGUAGGUCACUGGCUUGGGCUUUGUGGGGCCGCAAGGGCGCUGUGCAGCGAGGGGUGGAGCACGAGGGAGCUCUGGGGCCCCACGGGACCGAAAGGAGAGCCGGGGUCGCCUGGUUUCCAGGGCUCCCCAGGGCUGAAGGGUGAGAAGGGAGAGCCUGGUGUCAUCAUUAGCCCAGACGGGACCAUCAUAGCUGCUAAUGUGAAAGGAGAAAAGGGGGAGCCAGGGCCACGGGGACCAGUGGGCCCAUCUGGCCCCCACGGACGGUCUGGACAGAAGGGAGAAAUUGGCUUUCCGGGCAGACCUGGGCGGCCUGGCAUGAACGGCCUCAAGGGCGAGAAGGGCGACCCUGCCGACGUCAGUGGCCUGCUGGGCCCGCGGGGUCUCCCAGGUCCCCCUGGCCCUCCAGGACCUCCCGGGCCACCUGGCAGUGUUGUCUACGACAACAACAACGCCUUCGGUGACACCAGCCAUCCUGCGCUGCCGGCCUUCCCUGGCUUCCACCAGUUUCCAGGACAAAAGGGAGAAAAAGGAGAUGUUGGUGCUCCAGGUCCCCCAGGCCAGUUCCCGUAUGACCUGAGCCGAUUCAGUGCCAACUUGCGGGGUGAGAAAGGGGAGACGGGCCUCAAGGGAGAGAAGGGUGAACCAGGCGGGACACCACUGUAUGGCUCCAGCAUCUCCGCGCUGCCAGGCCCACCGGGGCCCCAGGGUUACCCUGGCCUGCCGGGUCCAAAGGGGGACAGUAUUGUUGGACCACCAGGGCCUCCAGGACCUCAGGGACCUCCUGGCAUUGGAUAUGAAGGGCGGCAGGGUCCUCCUGGCCCUCCUGGCCCCCCUGGUCCUCCCUCCUUCCCAGGCCCGCACAGGCAAGCUAUCAGCAUUCCUGGCCCUCCUGGCCCACCAGGACCCCCUGGCCCACCAGGUUCCAGCGGGACAUCUCCUGGGCUACAUGCCCUGCCAACGUACCAGGCCAUGCUGAGCGCUGCUCACGAGCUGCCCGAGGGCUGGCUUGUCUUCCUGGCUGACCGGCAGGAGCUCUACGUCCGCGUGCGCAAUGGUUUCCGCAAGGUGCUGCUCGAGGAGCACACCCUGAUCUCCAGCUCCGCUCUGGACAACGAAGUCUACGACAAGCCACCCAGCGUCCACUACUCUCACGGUGGUGCUGUCCCAUCAGGGUCUCAGCACCCCUACCAGCCUCGUGGGCCUCUUCACCCUCUCCGCAACCACAGCCCGCCACCCACUGCCCGGCCCUGGCGAGGGGACGACAUUGUGGCCAACCAGCACCGCCUUCCCGAGCAGCCCACGCUCCAUCAUGGCACCCAGCAUCAGCAAGAGCUCCUGAACAGCUACUACAUCAACCGCCGGCCAGAUCCAGCCCCUGUAGCCGCCCACGUGCACCAGGACUUCCAGCCUGCCCUCCACCUGGUGGCCUUGAAUGCCCCUCUGAGCGGCAGCAUGCGCGGCAUCCGCGGCGCCGACUUCCAGUGCUUCCAGCAAGCCCGCGAGGUCGGUCUCCUGGGCACCUUCCGCGCCUUCCUCUCCUCCCGCCUCCAGGACCUCUACAGCAUCGUGCGCAGGGCUGACCGCAGCACGGUGCCCAUCGUCAACCUCCGGGACGAAGUGCUCUUCAGUAACUGGGAGGCCCUCUUUGCGGGCAGCGAGGCCCCGCUGCGGCCCGGCGCCCGCAUCCUCUCCUUCGACGGCCGGGACGUCCUGCGGGACUCGGCGUGGUGAGUGCAUGAUGCCCGGGGCGGGCAGNNCCCCAAGGGCCGGCGGCUGCCCGAGAGCUACUGCGAGACGUGGAGGACAGAGGAGCGAGCUGCCGUGGGCCAGGCCUCCUCGCUGAGCACCGGGAAGCUCCUGGAGCAGGCGGCCAGCAGCUGCCAGAACACCUUCGUGGUGCUGUGCAUUGAGAACAGCUUCAUGACUGCCUCCAAAAAAUAA